UGCAGUACUGAGCUCAGCUUCGAUCGACCCAAACCUCACACGCGAACGGAGAGAGAGAGAGAGAGAGAGAGAGAGAGAGAGAGAGAGAGGUUAUCGGGUCGCAUUAUACAUAUACGACUUUGCUACAACGUCCAUGUCUCGCGGCGGCCGGCCGCACUGCGGUGCACCUACUCUUCAGCCCGGUAUUAGAUGAUACUCGCUCGACGUCGUCGUUCUAGUUUCUCGUCUAAAACUCGCAAUAUGUGUUCCAGUUGGAUGGUAAUUUCGCAUAGGUGCGUUUCUUUGUUAUUUUAGUCUUCCCAGUGAGUGACGAAAAGAAAUGUGUCACGGUACACGCAGCCGUGACGGGAAAUUGUGCGACAAGCAGUGAUUCGCGCGCAGGCGGAUUACCAUCGUGGACAGCGCACAAGUCGCUCUCGCGCGAGAUUGCGUGCCCCGUUGAUUUGUUCCCUGGUCGCAUACCGCAACCGAGACGACGAUUACGUAACGCGAAUGAAGAAUCUCUCCUCUGCGUUGCGUUCCUCGAAAUCUCUUUCUCUCUAUCUCUCGUCGGGGCUACACGCGAGUCGCGGAGGGGCCCUGCUUACGAAUAAUGUCGCCGAGGCGACAGCCAAGUCCGUCGCGCUCGCUCAUUAUUUUAGUAUAGCGACCGAUCGAUCCUUCGAGAUACACUUUGCGCGUGCAUGCGAGACUACGCGCGAGGUCAAGCCUUUGCCUUCUCCGCGCUUUCGACUCUUCAUGCGCUCCCCGCAGCGCUCGUCUGCGCGACUCGUGAGGAGGAAAGCGAGAGAGAGAAAGAGAGAGAGAGAGAGAGAGAGAGAGUAAGCGCGCUUUGGAUUUUUCAGUUGGCGCAGUGUGCGGGACAACCGGGCGUGUACACCGCGUGCUCGAUUUCUUCUCCGUCUCGUUUUCGCCCGAGCCGCGUUGAUUUGACGUCGUCCUCGCCUUGACGUUCGGCGCCGAACAAGGCAUCGCCAUCGCUCUGUGUUUAUAUCGCGUGCUUCACGAGUAUGAGUGUCAGCUACGAUUUUCGCGCGAGUUUUACGGUAGCGGCGUAUGAAAUUCUUUGAAACAAAAGCCGUCGCUAUUCGGACACUGCUGAAAGUGGUCGUUCAGCCGCUCUUAUCACAGAGCGCGUUCAUAAAGUUACAAUUGAAUCUAUCUAUGAAGUUAUCGCGUAAAUCUCAAGUUACAACAAGUAAGCUGAUAGUUAUUAUAUUCCAUUGGUGCUCAACGAUAAUAAAAGCCUCCGGGACAUAAAGGCCCGUCCGCAGAGAGAUUGGCCGCCUGAAAGAAGGGAAAGAGCCUCUCUCCCUUGCCGUCUCUUGCCGUCUCGCUUUUGAAAGCGCGUGAAACGGUGUGCCUAAACUUGACGCAACAGUCCCUCCAGUGCUUAACAAACCCGAGUGCCUAAAGAAGAAAGAGCGCAGAAGCGAGAAGCGAAGAUGCCAUCGCGAGUCGCGGUCACGAGCACCUCUGAGCCGACGAGGCGAGAGCAACAAAGCCGCAGCAGUCACGCGGCGCGAAGAAGACGCGGGGUCGGGGAAUAGCAUCGGACUGGCAAUUGGCUUAUCGGGAGGCGAGUGGCGGAAAGAAUCGCCAGACCGUGGGCAAGAUGUCGUUGAUGCUGUGCAAUCUGGGCAACGCGCCGUCGAGCGCGCCGGGACGGAGCAGCGACAGUCAGCAGCAGCAGCAGCAGCAGCGCGAGCAGCAGCAGAGGGAACAACAGCAGCGAGAACAAAGGGAGCGCGAGCGGGAAAGGGAACGCGAGAGGGAGAGGGAACGCACGGCGAGACCUACGAGUGUCAUCGCGCACAGCAGCCUCGAAGACGACGACUCUUAUCCUUUGCCUACCAUUUAUCGAUGUCGAGCACCAAUAGCCAGCCUCGAUUGCAUGGAAGAGUUCAACGGCGGGGAGUACGGCAGUACACCGGGUACAAAGGAGCAUCUGCUCGCGAGUUGCUUGGCGGGCGGUCACUCGCGCAGCCAUCUCCAGCACAGCCCGUCGCCAGGUAUUCGAUACCGCAACUUGGGCAAAAGCGGUCUGCGUGUGUCCAAUGUUGGAUUAGGCACGUGGACGACGUUCAGCGGCGGCAAUAGCGAGGAGAACGCGGAAGCCGUGAUAUCGCUCGCCUACGAGAGUGGCAUCAACGUGUUCGACCUGAGCGAGGCCUACAGCGGAACCAAAGCCGAGACUCAGCUCGGCAAUAUACUGCAGAAACGCAACUGGAAUCGCACCAGCUACGUCGUCACUACCAAAAUUUAUUGGAAUCCCAAAUCCGAGGCGAGAGGGCUCUCGAGGAAGCACAUUAUCGAAACAGUGCAAGCGUCUUUGGCAAGGCUUCAACUGUCCUACAUCGACAUCGUCAUGAUACACAAAGUCGAUCCCACUUGUCCUAUGGAAGAAAUCGUCCGAGCUAUGAAUUAUGUGAUAAGUAAGGGCUGGGUCAUGUAUUGGGGCACGUCGAGGUGGUCGCCCGUCGAAAUUAUGGAAGCCUACUCGAACUGCCGGCAAUUCAAUUGCGUCACGCCAAUAGUCGAGCAGGCCGAAUAUCAUCUUUUCUACAGGGAUAAACCUGAACUUUAUAUGCCCGAGCUGUAUAACAAAAUUGGUGUUGGUCUGAUGUGCUGGUCGACGAUGUCGAUUGGUAUGAUCUCGAAUCGAGGUGAUGACAGCGCUAUGUCGAUACUCUCAAGAUCCAGAUCGUCAUACAAAAAUAAGUCCUUCAGUUGGACAGAGGAUGAGUCUCAGUCUUUGUAUAAAGAGGAGCAAUGGCGAAAGAACUCGAUGGACUCGGAGAGCCGCAAGUAUUCGGAGAAGGUGCGCGACAUGUGCGCCUUCGCCGAGAGACUCGGCUGCACGUUCACCCAGCUGGCGAUCGCGUGGUCCCUCAAGAAUGAAAGUGUCCAGUGCCUUCUCCUCGGUGCGACCAACAUCGAACAGCUUUACGAGAGCUUGCAGAGCUUGCAGCUUAUACCACGGCUGACGGUAGCGACGAUGACGGAAAUCGAGCGAAUCCUCCUGAACAAGCCCGCCCGGCCGCCAAUGAUAUCGACCUUGCAGCUCAGAUGACAGUCGCUCUGCCCCCCGGGUAGCCGCGGGGGCUCGC